AAAGUAAUCAUUCACUAGAACUUUUUCAUUUCCUUACAAAGUCAGUUCAUCUCUUCUAUCUUUCGUUAUAAAUUCCAAAUUAUUUUCACGCGUAAAAUCCAAUGAAACAUCAAAUAUUUGAGAGAAAUCAUAUCUCGAAAGAUCUGUGUGACGAUAACUUUAUUUUCACUCAACGAAAGAAAGAAAGAGAUCGAGCUGAAGCGAUAUGCCUAAGCGGUCAUUCAAUGGUGCAUUUACCUCGCUGAUGAUUUGCAUUUCAGUUAUUACACGAUAUCAGCGGGAUAUCACAAAGUCGUUUGGAGCCCGCGACUUUUCCCCGGCGAACCGCGAUCGCGCCACGAUAAAUGUUGCAUGAAAUGAAUAUUAAGAGUCCGUGUAAAGCCGUCGCCGCACGAGAAGGAUCGCGGACCACAUCGAGCGCCCUUUCAUUCUUUCUUCGUCAUCGAAGUGUAACUUGAGGACUCGUGUCGGGCGUCGAAUUUCGUGGCAAACAAUAUCGAUCGUUUGAGUAUCAAACUGGUGCAAUCGGGCGAUAGCUCUCAGCGAUAAAGCAAGGGAAGGGGAAAUUGGCAGAAGAGUAUAUAUUUACAACGAUGAAUGAGAAAAAAAAUGAACGAGGAAGAAUUGGGACGAAUCAAAGGAUAUAAUUUAUUAUUAUCCGACAAGAAAAUAAUCUUGUGAGAAUAAAUAUGAAAUCGACAUCGCGCAGAGAGAUUUUCUACGAAAAUAAUUUGGUAUCUUUCUUCUCACGUUUCUCAUCGAGAAUCUCGAGAUCGAUCACGUAUGGGUAAAUAGAGACAUUUGUCGACCUGGUCGCGUCCUCGAAGAACACUCUGGGCAUUUUACACUUUAUCCUGAAGAUUUAAGGGCUACUAGGAAGCAAAGUAAUGUGCGAUCACAACUGCAUCAUGUCCCGCGUGCGGCGGGGUUUAAGCGAUAUAACAAGAAAGGGAAAAAAAACGAAAAAAAAAACGGAGAAUACUGUAAAACAAAAAAAAAAUAUUUCGUACGGAACAAAAUGCACAAAACGAGUUGUACCUUCUUUUCUCGCAGAAAUCGAAAGACCUAUCUAACCGAAAGUCUUCAUGAAACGCGCAGAAAGCACACACGAGAGAGAAAUAUAUAUUAUUAUAUGAAUAUAUAUGAGAUAUAAAAAAAUUGCUAGUAUACCUUGCAGUUAUGCGAAUGUUGCAUUGUCUAACUGUUUGUUCCAUACAGAUCCAGAUGUAUUAUUGUAUCCGAUGGAGUAUUAUAUAUCAAAAUAUAUAUAAUAUAUAUCUAUAUAUAUUACGAUCCUCCCGUGGGACAUACAGAGUUUUUCCGCUUUUCCCAAUUUUUCCACCUUCUUUUUCCGUGUUAUGCCAUUGGUAUGAGGAGCACAAGAAUGUUCUAUCAUUGUGUGGCGCGCGUCUACCAGUGCCAGCUGUCAGCGUCUGCCGGAUCAAGCCACAAACAGAUCGAAAGGUUAUAUCGACGAUCAGUACAAAUGCCAAGCGUUAAAGAUGAAUCAGAAGGUGAAGGGGAAGAGAUGUCCCAUGACAGUAACGAAAGUAACCAGAGUUCUGGGUCAUGUGACAGUAGUCCAGAACAUACUGAUAGCGAUGAUUCAUCAGAAAUGGACGAAGACGAAUGUGAAAGGAGACGCAAUGAAUGUAUGGACAAUUUGUUGGAUUUGGAAAGACAAUUUACCCUACUCAAGGAACAAUUAUAUCGAGAAAGAAUUACACAAGUGGACACAAAGCUCGGUGAAGUUCGUGUUGGAAAAUCUGAGGAAUAUCUAAUACCACUGGAGCGACUGAAGGAAAAUAUGAAAACGAAAACAGAAGUGGCUGGAAUAUUAAAGCAAUACAGAUUACAAAAUAUCCAGAAUAAAUUUCUAGCAGAAGAAUUGGCCGCUUUUCAAAAUUUUGAAAGUGAGAAAGGCUUAGUCUGGGAUUGUAUUCAUAACGAUCUACAAGAAAAGAUUCGUCGUUUAGAGGAAGAUAGGAAUAACGUAGAUAUACAUGCGGAUUUAUGGCUUAAUACAACCGGUAGAAGACGUAGGAAUCAUUCAGAGAGAAGACGAGCAGUUUCUGUCGCAGGUCCUUAUAUCGUUUAUAUGCUCAACGACGCGGAUAUAUUGGAAGAUUGGGCAUUAAUAAAAAAAAGUCUAGGUAGUCGGAAAGCGGAAAUAAUGUAAAUUAUGUUUUGAAUACUUUGAAGAACUGUUGAAAAUAGUUUCCUUACAUUAUGCGCCCAUCUUUGAUAUGAACAGGAAUUUCGUCCAACCGGAAAUGUUCUAAAAUUAGAUCAACAACUGACAUCUAUUAAGUAUCUGUGCCUUGAUAAAAAGUAAGAGUAAUUAUUUAUUAAUCUAAAUAAUUACCGAAUUAAAAUAUCCUAUUCGCCGAGUCGUACUUCUGUGGUACAUUAGUGCAGGAAAAUUAUUUACACUUGUGUCAUCGGAAGAAACAAAUUCAUAAUUUUGAAAAAAACGGGUAUUGUCUACAUUAGUUUCAAUUAAUACGAAAAUUUACAUCAUAAG